AUGGUUUCAUCUCUUAGACUCCACUCACUAACGUCCCUCUUCUCCUCUCCCUCCCUCCUCCGCCCUCCUCUACUCCUCUGCCGCGCCCACCGCCACAAACUCUCCUCCCCUCCACCACGAACCGCCGCCUUCUCCUCCCAAACCGCAUCAGCAUCCACCACUGAAAACCCCAAAAAACAAACAAACCAAGACCAAAAAGUAAUUACUCCUCGGUCUCAAGACUUCAAUGCUUGGUAUCUUGACAUCAUUGCUAAUGCUGAACUUGCUGAUUAUGGUCCGGUUCGUGGCACCAUGGUUAUUCGACCCUACGGUUAUGCCAUUUGGGAAGCCAUUCAGGAUUAUUUGAACGUGAAGUUUAAGGAGACUGGACAUAGUAACAUGUACUUUCCUCAGUUUAUACCAUACUCAUUUAUUGAGAAAGAAGCUAGUCAUGUUGAGGGGUUCAGUCCCGAAUUGGCUCUUGUAACUAUUGGGGGAGGAAAGGAACUGGAAGAAAAACUUGUGGUUCGACCCACUAGUGAAACCAUAGUGAAUCACAUGUUUACUCAAUGGAUUCAUAGUUAUCGUGAUCUUCCUCUCAUGGUAAACCAGUGGGCAAAUGUCACAAGAUGGGAGAUGCGCACAAAGCCAUUUGUGAGGACUCUUGAAUUUCUGUGGCAGGAGGGUCACACGGCUCAUGCCAAUCCAGAGGAGGCAGAAAAUGAGGCAUUACAGAUGAUCGACGUCUAUACAAAAUUUGCUUAUGAGCAAGCUGCAAUACCUGUUAUUACAGGUAGAAAAUCAAAAGUGGAAACUUUUGCUGGUGCUGAUAGGACAUAUACAAUAGAGGCUAUGAUGGGUGAUCGGAAGGCAUUACAGGCUGGAACGAGCCACAACCUUGGGCAAAACUUUUCCCGGGCUUUUGGAACACAGUUUAUGGAUGAAAAUGGAGAGAGGCAACAUGUGUGGCAGACAUCAUGGGCUGUAAGCACCCGCUUUGUUGGUGGUAUUAUCAUGACCCAUGGAGAUGAUUCUGGUCUAAUGCUACCACCGAAAAUUGCACCAAUACAGGUGGUGAUUGUGCCAAUCUGGAAAAAGGAGGAUGAAAAAAGUGGAGUUCUCAAUGCAGCGUCUUCUGUAAAAGAAGCCUUGCAAUCUGCUGGAAUCAAAGUUAAACUUGAUGACACAGAUCAGAAAACCCCAGGAUGGAAGUUCAAUUUCUGGGAGAUGAAGGGAGUCCCUCUGAGGAUUGAAAUUGGUCCUCGGGAUGUUUCAAGUGGAAGUGUGGUCAUAUCUAGAAGAGAUGUUCCUGGAAAGCAAGGAAAAGUAUUUGGAAUAUCCAUGGAGCCUGCAAUUUUAGAAGCUUACAUCAAGGACAAGUUGGAUGAAAUCCAGUCAUCUCUUCUGGGAAGGGCAAUAUCAUUUCGAGAUAGUAACAUUGUGGAUGUGAGCUCAUACGAUGAACUCAAAGAAGCAAUAUCUCUGGGUAAAUGGGCAAGGGGUCCUUGGUCAGCAAGUGAUGCGGACGAACAGAGAGUAAAAGAAGAAACAGGGGCAUCAAUUCGGUGUUUCCCAUUCGAACAGCCUCAAGGGACUAAAACAUGCCUGAUGACAGGCAAGCCAGCAGAAGAAGUUGCAAUUUUCGCAAAAUCUUAUUAA